AGUUUCUGGUACAGGAAACAUCACUGUCGCAAAUGUGGACGGGUGGUGUGUGCGUCAUGUUCACCUCACCGGAUCACCAUUCCGAGACAAUUUAUUGUCCAUCCGCCAGACACCAAUCGUUCCCGUGCAUCCACGCUGAUGCCUCCACGUGUAGCGCCGCUCAUUGAUCUAGAAGGAAGUGACUCGGCCCAAUCACCCACAGCCCUUAACCCGGCUCUUGGAGGUGGCGAGGAGGUGCGCUUAUGCAACCCUUGUGUUCCGGACCCGAACCCAGAACCACCGCGUGGAUAUACAACCAUUCGGGCUCCAGGCGAGCCACAGUCAGGUGUGGAUUAUAUACGGGGUGGUUUUAGUGCAUCAGUCAACCAAUCCCGUCAUCGUCCUUACCAUUCUCUAUCAUCACCCACCCGCCAUCCACCGUACGCCUCGAUCCCCGACAAUUUCUCUACUCGCUCAGCCCGCAGGACAGUGGGGUCAGGUGACUAUCAUUUGUACGGUGGCUUCGGGGGUUCCUUAGGAUCGCGUUUCCAAGAACGGCCAAUGGAGUACGGUUCUUUAUCAGCAGCUCGAUUUGCCCCGUCUACGAUUGCAUCGGGACGGCCUCUUCCACUGGCACCAGGCAGCGCGAUGAUAUCGGCUGGACCGUCGUUCGCUACAUCUCCCGACCAAGAGAUACGUCUACCUAUCUCUACUCCCCAUCGCCGUGUGGAUGAGCGAGAUCUUUGCCCUAUUUGUGACCAUGUUUUCCCGCCUUUGGGAGCGAACGGGAACGAUGAUGCUCGGGAGGCACAUAUUAGACAGUGCAUCGAAAAUCAUGGUUCCCGAGCGCGCUCGUCCUCCCACAGUAGCAGUCCCAUUGCGCAGUCUUCAACACCUGUGCGAAUGCUCGCCUACACGGCUACCGAGAAGGAUUGCCUUGGGCAUGAUGGCAGUGCGCAGGAGUGCACUAUUUGCAUGGAGGAGUAUGAAGUUGGCCAGCCGUUGGUCCGACUGGAAUGUCUCUGCAAGUUCCAUAAAAGGUGCAUCGUUGAAUGGUUUGAGCGAAAGAAGGAGUGCCCGUGUGGGAGCAGCCCAAAACAGACUAGUGGGAACCGAUCAACCGCUGUCGGUCAUCGGCCGCCGAUUCUGCCGACUGCACGCCAGCAGCUCCAUCAACAGACAUACAUCGUUCCACAGUCUAACUGCUCUCAGUCCCCGCAACUGAUGGAGAUCGAUCCGCGCCUGCGUCCGGGCAGCGAUAACAGCCCUCCAGAGGGAGUCGGAACGAACCAUGCUUACCUUCCGUCACCUGCCACUCGACAAGCCGAUCCCGCUACUCUGUCUUCCCAUCCGACGAAUGACUAUCCUGACCCUCCUUCCCAGAUCUCACCGAAUGAACAGCUACAUUCUGCGACAUCGACCUCUAGCGGCCCCAGCUACUACGGCACCUCGGCCACGCAACCUCCGACCACUCAUGCUCUAUACCAAUCGAGCCCCGGAAGCAUCAUUGGUGGUACACAGAGGCUCGAAUCGAUCGACCCAAACGACCCUUACUCCGAGCUGAAACGACCACGUGCAUGUGAAUCAUGUCGGCAAUUGAAAGUCCGGUGCGAACCUGACAUGACCAACCCGAACGCAUCCUGUAAACGGUGUGCCAAGGCUGGAAGAUCCUGUGUCGUUACGGUCCCAACGCGUCGACGCCAAAAGAAGACGGAUAGUCGCGUCGCGGAACUGGAGCGGAAGAUUGACGCGCUGACGGCAAGCCUACAGGCCUCUCAGGGCAGUGGACCGACGCUACAGGCAGCAUAUCCAGGCCCGCCCCGUGAGGAGCAUACUGGAAGACGAUGGUUGGGACCAACUCAUAGCACAUCGACUGGUUCUGUACCUCUGGGCUCCCCCACCGGUCUGGCAGGGAACAAACGGCGACAUAGUGGGGAGAUCAAGGACUCAAGGGACAGUGGUCUGGCAGCACCCUCAUUCUAUCGUGCUCCAAGCCCUGUUACAGAGCAGAUCUUAGAUAAUACGUCUCGGCAGUGGCAUACUCGUCCAAGCUCCGGCUCAGAUACCACAGCGCCGAAACCAAGCGUAGCAAACGAGCCCGUCGAUGUGAUUGACCGAGGCCUAGUGAGUGCGGCCGUUGCAUCGGAAGCUUUCGCCAGAUAUGUGGAACAUAUGGCGCCCCAUAUCCCGAUGGUGGUGUUUCCUCCUGGGACCACGAUGGCAGAUAUCCGGAAGACCAAACCGGUGUUACUCCAUGCCAUUAUCGCUACAGCCGUGGGGCCUAUCCAGCCUGAAAUACAGAUUCCACUUAUUGAAGACUUCUACAGGGCCAUUGCGGAACGUGUCGUUGUUAAAGGCGAAAAGUCACUGGAUUUAAUUCAGGGACUUCUCGUGACCUGCAACUGGUAUAUCCCGCCGGACCACUUUGAAGAGCUAAAGUUUUACCAGUUGACUCAUAUGGCUGUGACAAUAGCUAUGGAUAUUGGGAUGUACCGUAGGCCGAUGCCAAAGAACCGUCCAUGGACCUUGGUCAAAGACCUUAUAUUGAAAAAGUCGCCUUCGCAGGACCCUGAUUCGGCGGAGGCUAGACGGGCGUGGCUAGGUUGUUAUUUUCUAGCUGUGCAGGUUGCUGCCUCCUUGCGACGCACCCUUCUAGUACGCUGGACUCCGUAUAUGGAUGAGUGCAUAGAAAUACUGGAGAAGUCAUCCGAUGCAUUACCCUCGGACAAGGUGAUGAUACAAUGGGCCAAGUUAGUGCAUAUAAUCGAGGAGAUUCAUCAGCAGUUCUGCCCUGACGAUACUGGGUCCAUUGUUGCAUUCUCGGAGCCCAAGGUUCAGUACACGCUCAAAGUGUUUGAAAAACAGCUCGAGCAGCUCCGGAGAGAGCGAGGACCGAGUGACUUUCCCAUAUUUACGCAGGCUGAAUAUAUCGUCAACCUCUAUCUUCACGAGGGUGCCAUGCACGUGGAUUACAGCGAGGAUCAGAAGUCGCCAGGCGACGACCAUUCCAGCCCGACAAGCGCCGCCCAUAUGAAUGCAUUGAGCACCUGUCUUACCUCCAUUCAUCAAGCUAUAGAUACCAUCUGCUCCGUUGACAUCAGGGAUCUCAUCUCUCUGCCCGUUUUUGCCCUGGCUCGGACAUCUUUUACGGUUGUUGCAUUGAUAAAACUUUACUCUAUUGUCUCCUCACCGGAAACACGUAUCGGCCAGGUGAUCGAUGUCGCUAGUCUAAAGACUGAAUACUACCUCGACCGCGUGAUCGAGCACUACACCAGGGCCGGCGAGCAGGCCGGGGGCCGGACCCCAGCCAAGUUCUCGGUGGUAUUGAGCAUGCUUCGUGGGUGGUUUCUAAAGCGCAAGGACCAUGGGCUAGCUAUGAGAGAUGCUUUCAGUGGUGGACUGCGCCCAAUGAACUGUGGCAAUGAGAAGGCUGCCUUUCAAUCAGCCGCAGAGAAAUACCAAAAGAAGAACACGGGCACGACUCCUCUCCACCUUUUGAGCGAAGUUGCCAUGGGCGAACCACAGAACCGCCCUAGCUCAGGCCAGGGCCUAUGUCCUCCAUCGACCGCCGACUACACUCCCCCAGCCUCCGGGCCGGUCAGCCAAACCCCCUCUUCAGACCUUGUAUCGCAACCACAACCUUCACUAGGCCCAAGUCCUGCCCCGGCAACGACGGAUUCAGACCCCUGGGCCCAGUACCCAGCUCCCACCCGGCAAUUCUAUCCCCCCUUGACGUCAACCUACCAGGAUAUUCCCGCCUCAGGAUACCCAGACCCCUCGGUAAACAGCAGCAUGGCGAUGCCGUGGCCGGUGCAGGGUUUCUUCGUGCCGGAGUUAGGAAUGCAGGUGGGGUUUGAGCCCGAGAACCUGUAUGCGCUGGAGAAUAUGCUGGGAGACGGGUUCUUCAACCUGCCUCUGCCAACUGAGGGGACCGGAUAUUAUUGA